CUUAUAAUAAUAAUUAAAAUAAAUAUAAAAAUAUAACAUCCGUUUGAACAACCGCGAAAACCUCAGUGACAUAUUUUUUUUAUUUAUAAAUACAAUUGUCAGUUGUCAGUUUUUUAUUGUCAAGGAAAGUUAUUAUUUAUUUAAGUCGACUAAAAAAUGAAAGUACUCGAGUCUAAGAAAUUAAAGAUGUAAAGAAACUCAUGUGCUCGACUUGGCAAAAAGUUCGGGCUAAAAGUGGUAUUAUAUGGUACAAGUUGCUUAAAUAAUAAUCUACAGUCACGCAAUACCCUCACAAGAAAGUAUGAAGCUCGUACCAGCAAUUUAUCUAGGAUCCACGGCGAUAGAUCGCCGAUUUAGCAGCCCGAUGUUGCCAUGGAUCACGAAAGAAAUAAAACGCCGAAGUAAUCACGAGAGGGUAAAUCUGCUGGUAGCGUCAGGAUACAUAUCCGCAUACACAAAUGACAAGGAGCAGCCUUUGUUUAGGCACUCGCUAACAGGUACCUCGAAGCCGCAACCGCUUUCAGCGAAUUCCCAAGACUCCAAGGGUGGCAAUUUCCUCUACCUUAUUAAAGGAGAUGACGGACUCUAUUAUUAUCAUCUCUUCAAGGUUGAGAAUGCGGAGACUGUACAAGAAUUAUUUAGCGCAAUGAAAGAACAGUCGUCAGUGACGCGGCCCGACAGGGACCGUGAUCUCCAGAGAUCAAAUAGCAGUGCAGCUGCACUGAGCAUUGGCGCAGACAUAUCGCCAAGUUCUUCGCACUUCUUCGAAGUACUUUACGUGGGUAAAAUUAAAUUAUCACAUCAGAAAGUACCAGAGACAUUUAUCGACGAUGCUAUGGUCAAGUUCAGAGCCCAUGGUCUUGAAAAAUCCAAGUCUACGGUCAGCAAUUUGCUCGCUGAGUGUCAGCAGCUCAAAAAUCCCCCGACCACCGCCGAUUCCAAUGAGAACCGACGUAAUAGCGGCGACUCGGUGACAAGCGAGCUCGGGAGUACGGACAAUGUGCUGGGGACGGGGAGCAUAAUUUCGCCGUCGACGCCUCUGGGAAUGGCGGUGCCUCUAGGAGGCUCGGUGGAGUCUCUCCCGGUGCCUGCCUGCAAGGACGAGACACAGGAAAGCGAGCAGAGUCCGGUCAAAAAAGGCCGCUCGACAAUGCCACCGCCAGAAAUGAUGAGAAGUAGAGCGGCUUCUACUGGAAGCGUGCUGGGACCGAGGAGAGAGUCGUCCAAAGGAAACGAGGAUCACAAUCGCACUAUGCUGUUUCAGGUCGGACGGUAUGAUUUGCGACUUAUUAGUCCUGAUAGAAAGCAAGUUUUGUUUCACAAACAGCUUAAAGACAUCGCGAGCUGCGUUCAAGGCUUGAAGAAUCCAGAACACUUUGGUUUUAUUUGCCGUGAAGUUAACACUGAUGGAUUUGUUGGGUAUAUAUUCAAGUGCCAGUCGGCUUCUGUUGCUGAUGAUUUAGUUGGUGCCAUAACACAGGCGUUCAUAGCAACAUGUCACGGCAAUAGUACAAAAAAAGAGCGUCACCAAGUAUUCUCAUGCGAGCACUGUCCCAUGGUCUGGUACAACAAACUCUGCCAGGAGAUAGAAAGUCAGAGUGACCGCCGCGUCCAGUCGAUAAUAUUCUCGCGUCUCGAGAUGUUGCCCGAAGAUGAGCAAGAAAUAGUCGUCACCAAGUACAAGGGUGCCGAGGCAGCGGGCGGUUCUGGCCGCGAGUUCAGUCUGCGUGAGCAAAAUCAAUUUCUCAUGCUGCUGCUUCGCGCUCACUGCGAGUCCAAGCAGACCCGCCACGUCCACGACACCGCCGAAAAUCGGAGUGAAUUUUUGAAUCAGUACUUGAGUGUCGGUGUCGGCAGUACGAUUUUCAUGAAGGCCAAGCGCUCUUUGACAAACAGCUUCGAUCACUUGAUGAAACGCAAAGGCUCUCGCGAUGAUUUCAAUCUCGCGGGUCAUCACAUUCGCGAGACGACUCCAAUGUCCAGAAGCGAACGUCAAAGUCCCGUCGGGCUGAGCAGUAACUCGAUUCCUGAUGUCAGUCCAGAUUCUAGUCGACCUCGUUCGUUGAGAGUUUCACCAGAGCAACAAUUAGUUGUCAAUACUGGACCCAAGAGUCCAAUGAUGGACAUAUUUCUAAAAGUGGGAAAUUCACCAAAAAUGUCACCAACUGAAUCAGAAGACAACAGCGGCCGCGUUCAAUCAAAUAGUUCCUGGCGCCAAGCGAUUUUAAAUCGCGUGGUGACACCCGGCAAAGACCAAGACGUCAGAGACGGCGACAGCACUCACUCAGGUAUAAAAGCAACUCAGUCAGCGCCAGCAGUAAAACGAACACGGGAAGAAUUACGUGAGCUCUGGAAGAAAGCGAUAAACCAACAGGUGAUUCUCAUAAGAAUGGAGAAAGAAAACACGCGACUGCGCGUUCGCCAAGAAGAAGCGACUGUUAAACGCGUAAAACUGGAGUACGACGAGCUGAGCAGCUGCGCCAGGGAGUUGAUCGACGUCUGGGACCUGCUGGUGAGCAAGCAGUCCCGAAUAUCGACCAAGUGCGACAGCAAAAUGCUGCUCCAAGCAAUCAAACAAGGAGUCCCGCGAGGUAAGCGUGGGGAAGUCUGGCAAUUUUUGGCGGAACAAUUCUGUCUCAACCAGCCGCCAAUUGAUACCCAGGAGUUUCCUAACUACAACACGCCCUAUGAUUUGCUACUGAAGCAACUGACCUCACAGCAGCACGCGAUUUUAAUUGACUUGGGACGGACGUUCCCGAACCACCCGUACUUCAGUUCAGCUCUGGGUCCAGGACAACUCGCUCUGUUCAAUUUACUGAAGGCGUACUCUCUACUAGACCACGAAGUCGGUUACUGUCAGGGUCUGAGCUUCGUCGCCGGAGUCCUUCUGCUCCACAUGUCCGAGGACCAGGCGUUCUUUCUGCUCCGUCACCUGAUGUUCCGCCGCGGGCUCCGGAAACUUUAUCUACCCGACAUGGCUGCUCUGCAGCUGCACCUCUACCAGCUCUCGCGUCUCCUCCACGACCGUCUGCCCGCAGUCUACAAUCACUUUGACAAGCACGAAGUAUCUCCGACCCUCUACGCGGCCCCAUGGCUGCUGACUCUCUUCGCAAGUCAGUUCCCUCUGGGAUUCGUCACCCGGGUCUUUGAUUUGCUUUUCCUCGAAAGCUCGGAAGUUAUUUUCCGCGUGGCUCUCGCCCUGCUCGAGGAGCACCAGGACCAGCUGCUUCUCUGCGACAGUUUUGAAGAAAUAAUGGAGUACUUGAAAUUAAAAGUACCAGCGGUGGACAAAACGAUGCUCGACCGCGUUAUGAAACACGUCUUUUUACCCGACACUGAAAUUUCUCGUCAGUUGAACGAGUACCGAGUCGAGUACCAGGUCCUGCAAGAGGAGAUGCUGUCAGUGAAGCCGCAGAUCGAGAACAUUGAGAAGCUGGAGCUCUUGAACAAGCAGCUGGUCCAGCAGAACAGUCACCUCACGUCCCAAUUAGAAGUCGCGGUAAAUAAUUUACAGCGCAUUGAAAACAACAGCCUCCAAAGAUCAAUCAAUCAGUCAUCGCUACACAAACUCGAGUCCCAGAACCGCAGCUUGGAGGUGACUGUCAUGACUCUGGGGUCUUUUAUCCAGCAGUUGAUUGAAACCCGCACUGAUAUUGAAGUUCCUGGAGACGUAAGACGUAUUCUCGGGCAACUGAGUCUCGCCCAGAGACGGAACAACAGCGGGUCGAUGUCUGGUUCCAGUGCCCGGUCGUUUCCUCUCAAAAUAAUUGAGGACAAUAACAAUCGGUAUGAGCCCAUGAAAAGUAAUUCGACUGGCGGUGGACGCGGUAACGAACUGCUGAGUAAAAAUUUGUUGAAGAACACAAUGGAGCCUCCGUAUCCGCUAAAAUCGGCACUUAGUCAGCCUAAUUUAGGCACAAAAUUAGAAAAAAUGUCAUCGUUUUUUGCCAACUCGCACAAUCACAUCCGUCAGCAACGGGCACAAAUAGCGGCGAUGCGUAACAAUGACGGAUUAACGAACAUCAAUAAUAGUAUUAAUAUAAAUAAUAAUAAUAACAAUAAUAUGAAUAAUAUGAAUAAUAAUAAUAAUGAUGAAAAUGAUCCGAAGACGGUAAAUAUUGACAUCCAAGUGACGGACACCGUCGUCGGCGGGACAAAUGACAGCAACGUGAUACAGAGCGAGGGUAAUUUGAAGAUCGACUCGAUUGGGGGACUAGAGAAGUCGAGCUCGCUGCCGCUCAAUGCCAGGAUGAAGCUGAAGCCCGCAAAGUCCGCGUACGAGUUGGGAUCGAUAAGAAAAAUUCCGACCACCAGACUCGAGGACACCGACUGCGUGGGCAGUUUGGUGGGCACUGUCCACCCGCUGGACACUUGCAGUGACGUUAAUUUCAAAUACGGGGGAACUACGAAAUUAAAGUCCAUAAGACCUGUCAGGGUCACUCCGGCGAUGACGACGAUGGCCGAGAACCAGGGCCAGAGUUUGGAGACUAUUGGUAACAGUGAGAUAAAUGCGUCGGAAAUAGUCACCAGAUAACGGAUGAUAACUAUUUCUGAGGAGUAAUUUUUAUUUAUUUAUUGAUAAGGGCUUUUUUUUAUUUAAUCUUAAGAUUUAUAUGGAGGACCUAGUGAUUUUUAAUUAGAAUUUGUGUGUAAGAAAUAUCAGAGCUUUUGCGGUUGGUCAUAAAAAUUUUCUUUGAUUAUUUUUUUAAAAAUUUAUAUUUUUAGUUUUAUUAAAAGUUUAAUUAUGCAGUAGAAAAAAAAUUAAUUUAAUUAUUUAUUGAUAAUUGAUCGAAUUAAAAAAUAGUGUAGGCGGUAGUCGGUUCCUUGACAAUUGAUCCCAGACAACUGAUCCCACAGACUAGAUCCAACUGACAACUGGUCCAACUGAAAACUGAUCUUUUAAUUCAUCAGUUUCAUCAAAAUUUUCAUAACUUUCAUGAUCAUCAUUUUUGAAACCUUCAUCUUUAUCAUUUUCAACUGAAUGUCGAUGGGAUCAGAUGUUGGUGGGAUCAAUCUGAGGGAUCACUUGUGGUAUAAAAUUAUUGGGAUCAGUUGACGGCACAUCGCGGUAGUCAAUGGAUACAGAGUAAAAAAAUUACAUGGAGUUUUUUUUUGAAAAAGGCCGUAGUGAAAAAAUUAAAUAUUAGAAAUUGUGUUGACUAUAAAAUUUUUUUUUAUAAUUUUUAGUUAAAGUUUUUCAAACGAUAAAUUUAAAAAUAAUUAUUUUUUCACUUAAGAGUUUAUUUUUUUAAUUUUAUUUAUAAUUUAUUAAUUUAGAAAUAAUUUAAGAAAUUUUUUGUGACCAAAUAUAAGUAAUGUCUUCGUUUAAUUAUAAAAUUAAAAACUUAUUUUUUAAAAUAUUAUAAAUAUAUUGGGCGAAUUUUUUUUUUACACAAAAAAAAUAAAAUUUAUUUUGAUAUAUGAAAAUAUCAGUCAAAUAUUAAUUAAAUCAAACGGCAGUGGCCUAUAAUUAUAAUUAAUUUGUUUAAAAAAAAAAACGCGUCCAAUAAAUUUAUUAGAAAGUAAUCGUAUAAUUAUAAAUAAUUAGACUUAAAAUCAGUCUUUUAUAAAAUUAAAUAAGAAUAUACAUGAGUAAUUUUUUUUUUAUCAGUAUUCCCC